AUGAUCCAUAAUGAUAAUACUAUAAAGACAUGUAACUUUCUACUCUAAACUAACCGAACUACAAUAUGGAAUCAAAGUACUAAGCCUAUAGACUCAAGUGUAGGGGGCUGCUUUCAUGUUUCCUGCAAAUAAGGAGUCUAUAAAGAAGCUACUAUCUUUCUAAAAGGACAAAAUUUGUAUAAAUGUAGGAAUCACGUAAAAAAAAUAAAUCUAGACUUUUAUAGAAAUGGAAGGUUUGUGAUAUUGGGAAUUCUUAAUUAGAUAAUGUGAAACAUGAUGUCUAUGGAGAAGGGUGUAAAUUAAGUUUUGGAUAAAAUUAUAUUGAGAUUUAUGGUAGGAUAAAAGAAUUAUAUGAAAAACUUAAAAAAUAGUGCAUUUAAUCUAAUUUUACUCAAAAAUACUCUAUUCUCAAAUUAAUUGGAUAAGGUACUUAUGGAAAGGUAUGUAUUGACUAUAAUAGUUAGGUUUAUAGAGUUAAAAAUAAAUCAAAUCAAAUGGAAUUUGCUGUAAAGACUUUUGAAAAAUCUUUGUUAGUACUGCCAAGUGAUAGGAUUGCUUUGGCAAAGGAACUAGAAAUAGCUCGUCUAUUUGAUCAUCCUAAUUUGAUGUAAUUUUAUGAAUCAUUUGAAUCUGAAUAAUUUAUAUUUGUAGUAUUUGAAUUGGUAUUGGGAGGCAAUCUGCGAUAAGAAAUAAAAAAUUAGAAGGUUAGUGAAAAAAGAGCUUUUCAUAAUAUUCGAUAAUUGUUUAUUGCAUUAGAUUAUAUGCAUAGUCUUGGUAUUAUACAUAGAGAUAUUAAACCAGAUAAUAUAAUGUUUAGAAAUUCAGAAGAACUUGUCUUAACUGAUUUUGGUUUUGCAGAUAUUUAUAGAAAUGAUGGAUAAUAUUUAUAUACAAAUUGUGGAACUCCUGGUUAUUGUGCUCCUGAAUUACUAUAAAAUAAACUAUAUGAUUUCAAAGUUGAUGUCUAUAGUGCUGGUAUUGUGCUCUAUUAGAUGUUAACUGGACAAAAUCCUUUUGAAUCUGAAGAUUAUAAUAAAAGAGUUAAAUUAAAUAAACAAGGGAUAAUUGAUUGGAGAAUAAUUAAUAUUAGUGGAGAUGCUUUGGAUUUCCUAUAAAGUGUAUUAUCUAGAAAUCCUUUUCAUAGACUUACUGUCUAAUAGGCUUUAAAUCAUAGGAUUUUCAAAUAGGAUCAUGGAUGUAUUCAUAGAAGUGGAGUGAAAAACACUUUAAUAAACUUAGGUACUUAACUCUCAUCUACAAAUAUCUAACAAAUAUAAAUAAUACCAAGUCCAUUAUAAAGUUAAAGAAUGAAUAGUUUACAUUAGUAUUAACAUGAUGAACUUGAUAAUCUAAUUUUGGAAUAAAGUAAGAAAGAGAAAUCAAUGAUUCAAAAUCCUAUUUUAGAUAGAAGAUUAAAUUAUUAUUCUUAAAUUAACUAAAAAUUAUAACAUAGGAGUACAAAAUCAGAGGUGAUGCUAUUUUUUCAAGAAUGA